AUGGACAAGGUGGAGCUCGCCAGCCCGCCACAGGAUGGCAUCACUCGCGUGGCUUUUGCGCCCGCGUCCAAUGACCUCUUGGCCUCAUCUUGGGAUAAGACGGUGCGACUGUACGACACUGAUGCCAAUGCCAUGCGCCAUCGCUUCAACCUGGCUGCACCAGUCCUCGAUGUUGCCUUUGCUGGCAACAACAGCGCCGUUUGGCUGGACCUGACCACCGGUCAAGCACGCACGGUCGGGGCUCAUGAAAGCGGAGUGCGCUGUGUCAACUAUCAUGCGGAAUCUGGCAUGUAUUCCGUGAUUUUGCAUUCUGACCCUUUGCGCAUGCUCCUUUCGGGCAGCUGGGACUCUACCGUUGGCAUCUGGGACCCGCGAACCAACACUCGCACUGGCGUGCUCACCCAACCCAGCAAGAUUUACGCCAUGACACUGGCGGGCAACAUGCUGGUGGUUGGCACGGCCAGCCGCAACGUUUGGAUCUGGGACGUCCGCAAUACUCAACAGCCCUUUGCUCGCCGCGAGUCAAACCUCAAGUAUCAAACCCGUGCCAUUGCCCCCAUGCCCAACGGCGAUGGUUAUGUCAUGAGCUCCAUUGAAGGUCGCGUGGCAGUCGAGUACAUCGAAGAGAGCAAGCAAGCACAAAAAUUCGCCUUCAAGUGCCAUCGCCACAAGGAUGAGCAAGGGCAAGAGGUCAUCCACCCCGUCAACGCUCUUGCCUUCCACCCCGGCUAUGGUACCUUUGCCACGGGUGGAUCGGAUGGCUUUGUCAACACAUGGGACGGCGGCAACCGCAAGCGCCUCUAUCAGUUCCAGUGCUACGAAACGAGCAUUGCCAGUCUGGCCUUUAGCCACGACGGCAGCAAGCUCGCCGUGGCUGCCAGCUACCUCAUGGAACAAGGCCCCAAGGAUCACCCGGCCGAUGCGAUCCAUAUUCGCACGGUACAGGAUAAACACGUCAAACCCAAGGAGAAGAAGUAG